GACCCGGAUCACAUGACCGCUGCGUCUCUCCGCUGAACCCACCGAGCUGCGGAUCGUGAUGGCGGGGCGCGGAAAGCUGAUCGCGGUGAUCGGGGACGAGGAUACGUGCACGGGCUUCCUGCUCGGCGGCGUCGGGGAGCUGAACAAGAACCGAAAACCCAACUUCCUGGUGGUGGAGAAGGACACGAGCAUCACGGAGAUCGAGGAGACCUUCAAGAGUUUCCUGGCCCGGAACGACAUCGGCAUCAUCCUGAUCAACCAGUUCAUCGCGGAGAUGAUCCGCCACGCCAUCGACGCGCACAUGGAGUCCAUCCCGGCGGUGCUGGAGAUCCCUUCCAAGGAGCAUCCCUACGACGCGUCCAAGGACUCCAUCCUGCGGCGCGCCAAGGGCAUGUUCUCGGCCGAGGACUUCCGCUAGACCCGACCCCGAACCGGGGCCCGAACCGGUGGUUUUGAACCACCGACCCGGUCCCGGCUCCCUUCAGUCUCCACGUGACCAAGUUUCUAAUGUGCGUGUUUGUCGUGCUCAGAUCAAACCUGCUCUGCUCCUAAAUGUGUUUCUGUCAGAUGUGUUAAAUUAUGAAAUAUAUGUUUGAUGCAAUAAAGAUGAUUCUGGUUCUG